CGCUUGGCCAGCUGGAUUUGCGGGUGUUGACUUGACACGAACCUCGGUCCCGCGCGCGACGUCGUCAGAUUUCGAUUGACUGGGUCCUCCAUGAGCAGCCUCUUCCGCACCUUCCGCCGGCCGGCCACUGCCCGCUUCUUCUCGACGCACCCCAACGUUGUCGCCUUGCGCCAGGUGGACCCGGCGUCGCCCGAGAACGCGACCGAUACCUACUACGUCCGGACGUUGUCGCCUGGCUACAGCUCGUGCAUCGCCGCCAAGGACCUCAAGGUCGGUGACCGCAUUGGCUCGACCGUCGGCACGGUGUACUCGACGCCGACCCGCUUUACGAUUCAAAUGGCUCUGGACAAGCACGUCGAGAUCUUUGGCGGCAUGCAAUACGCCAACCACCACUGCAACCCGAACGCGUCCUUCCUCAUGUCCGAGUCGGACCCGACUGUGACGCUGGUCGCGAUCAAGCCGAUUGCCAAGGGCGACCACAUCACCUUUGACUACGACACCACCGAGUGGGACAUGGAUGAAAAGUUCUCGUGCAACUGCGGCGACGCGGCGUGCCGCCACGAGAUCCGCGGCGCCAAGCACAUUGGCGACGCCGAGACACUGCGCCUGUUGCCAAACUUUAGCCCGAGCGUCAUGCGCAGCCUUCUCAAGCACAAGCUCGUCCAAGGCUGAGCCGUGCGUCCUAGUCUAGAAGCUCGGUCACAAGUGCCUGCGGCCGUUUGCUAACUUGUAUUAUGUCCCUUCCGCUACUUCGUAGUACGCAUUUGCGUUAAAGCACCUUGUCCAAGGGUCAUCGCACGGACAACGUACGCGCGUUGGGCUACAGUGCCCUCAACAUGGUCGCGACGUCACCACAGAUCGCUGCACACCAGACCACAGGUCGUUCGAGCACAAGACCUGCUGAGCUCGUGUAGAGAAUUCUAGAAGCAACCCACGGAAGCAGCCUGCGAGUGUGGCUCAACCUCCCAGAUGCUCGGCGUGUUUACUCUGCCGGCAGGCGAUGGCAAGCCUUUUUGACGAACGGCGUGGUCAGCUGCGCGUGCCGUCAUCAUCAUGGGCUCUUGCCGUCAUCACCAUACGCCAUCAACAUCAUCCUCCCCGCGGAGGUUCCAC